CACACCAACUACAGUAAGGACUAACCCUGCGUCAUCCGGGGUCUUGUUGCGUGCAUAAGAGAAAAGCCAUCACCUUCAGCACUUCUGCAGAUCUGUUAUAUAUAUAAUAGCACGUUUGAAUGCAUGAUCACUGAGCAUCUGCACCCCUUCCUUCUCUCCUCUGAGGAUGGAGGAGGUCGCCACCAGCAGCCUCUGAUCUCCUACCAUAUAUAGCAGCUACCGGCCCGCUGCAGAUCAGGAACCACCUGCGUUUCUUCAGAGAUCGUCGGCUUGCGAAUCGACGACGAUGAGAGCUGGAAUAAUUAAAUUUCUAGGCUUUGUCUUGAGUUGGUUCUUGUACAAAAGUGCGUCAGACAACACUAGAACGAUCGAGAGAAAAAAGGCCUUAAUUUUCACGUCGAUUUCGACACUACCAUACACUGCCCAACUUGUUUGUUGGGUUCAUACCUAUGCACUGUGCACACGCACGUAUUUUGUUCACAUCGAUCUUUGCAGGUAUGCCGAUGCUCAUCAUCACUGUGGACCUGGAGUGCUGCCGCUGCAGUGCCAAGAUCCAGAAGGUCCUCUGCUGCAUCCAAGACCGCGGGGAGUUCGUCAUCGAAAAGAUCGUGUACGAGAAGGACAAGGUCCUCGUGUCGGGGCCCUUCGACGCCGACAAGCUCUCCUCCAAGCUCUGCUGCAAGGCCGGGAGGAUCAUCAAGAAAAUUGAGGUCGCCAAGCCGCCUCCCAAAACUGAUCCACCAAAAUCUCCCAAGAAAGAGCCAGUCCCGUGCAAGGCAAAAUGCCCAUAUCCAUACUCAUAUCCGUGCCCGCAGCCAGCUUGGCCGUGCAGCUGCCCCACACCAUAUUGUUGUGGGUGCCCGUCGUCCAAGCUGCCACCGCCGCCGCCAAAAGAGAAGCCCAAACCUCCUGAGACCAAGCCCAAGCCCAAGCCCAAGCCCAAGCCAGAGCCAGCCCCAUGCAAGGUGAUAUACCCGUAUCUGUACCUAUAUCCGUGUCCACAACUGCCGUGGCCGUGCAGCUGCCCCACGCCGCACUGUGGAUGCCAGUCCAAGCCGGCACCGACGCCGCCACCGGCACCAACGCCGCCUGAGCUACCAAAACCGCUGGUGUGCCAGUGCCCGUCGUGGUCGCCAUGCUACUGUAGCGGCAGAUACCCGCCCUACAUUCCGCUGUACCCGAUGGUCGUCUGCGAUGACAGCCCACCCUACGGCGCCUGCACCGUCAUGUAAUCUAACUGCGGGCAGCUGCAUGAUGCAAAUUGAUCAUCUUACAUCUAUGAUCUAUAUGUAUGUUUCUAUAUACCUGCUGAUACGCUGGUGUGUUUCUGUAUCAGUCGUUUGAUGCUUUUGUGAGCCAGCGUGAUCGACAGUGACAUGAUCCACGACCAAAUGAUGAAGUCAUUGUAGUUUCUACAAAAAUGUAUUAUGGUGGCAGGGCGAUGCCAAAUAAGGAGGAAAGCGUGCUCGAGGAUUUCAUA